AUGUGGAGGGAGGACAAGGAGGUAGAGUCUUCGGAAGAGGAAGAGGAAGAAGAGGAAGAGUCAGAGGAGGAGUCCGAGGAGGACGAAGAUGAGGGCCCUGCUAAGGAAGAAAUGACCCGUGAGCAGCGUAAAGCCGCCGCCAAAGCCAGAAAAGAGGCUGCCAUUCGUAAGAAGCGACAAGUGGCAGCCGAGCCAGGCGACCUGCCUCCAAGUGAUAGUGAAGAGGAUGAGGACGAUGAUGACAUGCCAGCCAACCCAAACCACACUGCCAAAGCCCGUAGCCAGGCGGCCAAAGCAGCAACCGCCCCAGCCGACGGGGCUGCCUCGGCCGCAAAGAAAACAGAUGUCUCGCAGCUUUCUCGCCGUGAACGAGAGGCCCUGCAGGCCCAGCAGGCUCGCGAGAGGUACCUGAAGCUACACUCCGAGGGCAAGACAGACGAAGCUCGUGCCGACCUGGCUCGUCUGGCCAUCGUUCGCGAGCGUCGUGAAGCCGAGAGGGCCCGUAAAGAGGCCGAGAAAGAAGAGCGUGAAGAACGAGAGCGCGAGAAGGCUAAAGAACGAGAAGCCAGAGAGGCCAAGCUGAGAGCUGCUGCUUUGGGACCAGCAGCUAGCAAGAAGAAGGGGAAAAGCAAAUAA